AUGCGGACUCUCGUGGGAUAUCUGGUCUUGGCCGGCUCUUGCAUCCUCCGCGGUGUCUGGGAAGCCAGCCGAGACGACGAGCUCGCGCUCAUUUCAAAGCGUCGCAUUGCUGACCUGGCGCAGUUCCCUGAUCCGACGUGGUUCAGCCAAAUAUCAACCUGGCUGGAGACUCAGAAGAGUGACGGAACCUGGCCCGACGUCAACUACAUGUCGGGAUGUGCAGCUCUGCACAUAAGCGACCUGGCAGCUAAUCGACCCUGUGCAGAACGCGCCAAUUGGCCGAUCCAAGCCCAUUGGAAUAGAAUCAUCACCUUUGCAGCCGCAUGGUCUGGCGCCAACCCGGCUGUCGCACAGAAUCGGACAAGGAGCGACGACCUCAUCGAGGCUAUUUCCAGGGGCUUGGACUAUUGGUUCCGCAACGACUACACUCCGGCUGACUGUAUGGGAAACGGCGGCAAGGCGACUGGAAGCUGCCCAUGCGGCACACCUGGUUUGUGGAACACGAACUGGUAUAGCCAGGCUAUCCUGAUCCCGCAGUUAUGCUCAACCGCGUGCUUGCUCUUGACGGACGCAAACCUGACCAAGGACACGACUGCUGGAUGCGAGCGCAUUCCUCGCAGGGCGUACGACUUGAGAGAUGGAGUCUACGGCAGCGGUGGCCGUUUGACUGGUUCCAAUGCUGUGCUGGUAAUGCAAAACUCGGCCAGUCUGGCUUUGUACUCGAACAACGCCACCAUGCUGCGGGAUGCUUAUACCAGGGCCAUGUCCGUCAUGACUUACGCCGACAAGACAAUGGAAGACGGAAUCCACAGGGACGGUACGUUCCUUCAGCAUGUCGGCAUUCUGUACAACGGGAAUUACGGCAAAGACCUUCUCAAUGCGUUUAUCCAACUUGAAGGCGAAGCAAUCGGCACCUCAUUCGCGGCUGGAAAUGCCACGCGAGACGCCAUCGCCGCCCAAGUAAGGGGUAAUGAGUGGAUGAUCUUUGUUGACCAGCAAACGCAACAGGAACACUGGGACUUUAACGCCAUCGGCCGGUUUGUCGCAUUUCCCACGCAAGACCUCCAGGCAACCGCCGACAUCAACUUCAACGCCACCAAGCUCGCCGCCGCGGUUGCGGAUUUCACGGGUGCCAACGAUGUCAGUGACACGAUUCGACGCCUCAAGUCCAAUGGGACCGAAAAGCUGGUUGGCAACAGGGGCUUCUGGGCCAGCGACUACAUGGUAAGCCAAGCGUCUGAACCGAGCAUGGCCUCAUCGACGGCGCGCCUGACAAACUGCCCGCAGGUCCAUCGAACCAAGUCCUUUGUGCUCGGCAACAAAAUGCUCUCGACGCGGUCCCGCAACACCGAGGCUGUAAACUCUGCCAAUCCGUAUGGAUAUCACCUCGGCCAAGGCACCCUCUUCUCGUACGUCGAGGGCAACGAAUACAAGGACGUCAUGGGAGCGUGGGACUGGAAUCUCAUCCCCGGAACCACGACCCUGCUCAACCACACCAAGCUAUCAGCCGGUGCGUCGGCAAAUGUCGGAAAGAGGGAGUUUGUGGGCGUCGUCAGCGACGGCGGAGUUGGGGCCGCGGCGCAGGAUUACACGGAUCCCCUGGACGGAAGCGUCUCGUACCGCAAGGCGUGGUUCUACCAGGGCGACUUUGUGCUCAUAACCACACAGGAUAUCAAAAGGGCUGCCGUGUCGGACGCACCCGUCGUCACCGUCUUGGAUAAUCGCGCCUCCGCCCACGGAAAUAUCUGGGUGGACGGGAGGAACGUACAAGGCGACGGUGGCAAGACGACUCGGGGCAAAACCCUCUUCUACGGAGGAAACGGAUACCUGUCGUACGGCAAGCCUUUUGACCUGACGCUGUUCGAGGGCAAGCGGACGGGCAACUGGUCCGACAUUUCAACUUCGACGGCCGGCGCGACCACCGUGUCCAUCUUCUCGGCAUAUGCCACAAUCACAGACACUUGCAGCGCGUAUGCCGUGUUCCCGGCGUCCAGCCGCGGCAGACUUGCCAAGGAGCUGGAGGAGCCGUCGGCCUCCCCCAUCAUGGCGAGCGGCAUCAGCGGCGCCGUGGGAUCUGGCAGACUGAGUCUUGUCUUCUGGCCGGGCGGCGACGGGAGCAUCACGCUGGGCCUUCGGGAAAUGGGGUGGGCAGAAUCGGGCUCUGUAAGCAUCACCUCUGCCCAGCCUGGCUCGUACCUCUUUUCCGGCACCUCCAAGCCCGGCAGGGGCAUGACACUGGUGGUUACACUGUCCGACCCGACCCAAAGGGCAGCUUCGGCCUCGUUUUCGCUGAGUUUUGACGGAGCAAGGGCCAAGCUGGACGCGGCGGCGGCAGACGAGGGUAGAUCGGGCAGUGAGACCGAGGUCAAGUAUACGGUAGAUCUGCCGACGGGUGGUAUGGCGGGAUCGUCGAUAUCACGAGAGAUGUGCGUGGAGUUUGGAUGA